UCCGGCGGUGGUGGGGAGACUUCAAUUUUUGACGUUACGUCACAAGAGUUUAGAAUCUGACAUUUGAUCUGACAGAAUCCCAUUUUUAAAUUUUUUGCGGUAAUCUUUUUUGAUCUUUGAAUGUGUACAAUAUACUUUGUAUAGUAUUGACAGUAUUGUGUAUAAUUUGUAUUGUUAUUAAAUAACAUAUAUUAAGAUAAAUUUUAUCUUAUAAUAUCCUAGUUUACUUUAUAUUUUUGUAUUUGAAAUUGUGCUGUUGUUUCCCGUAAAUACUAUAGGUAUUUUGAACUGUUUAUGAAAAGUUAUUUAUUAUAGUUGUUGUACAUCGUACCUAUUGUAGGAGCCUAAAUAUUAAGAAUAUUUAUAUAUAAGAAUGCCAGGUACAAACUGCAGUGUGGCCGUUUGUAGAAAUAAUUUUUAUAAAAACAAGAAGUCUGCUGAUGAUGCUGAUCAACAAAUAGCAUUUUUCACGUUUCCCAAAGAUAAAAAACUAGAAAAAAUAUGGAUUGAGCGCUGUUGCGGAAAAGAUGAAAUAAAAACAAAAACUGCUAGAGUAUGUAGUAAUCAUUUCAAGAAGGAUGAUUUUGUGGAUGAUAUGUAUGCUCGAAUAAUGGGAACUAGACCUAAAUUAAAAUUAAAGAAUGGAGCAAUUCCAAGUGAAAACUUAAAAUAUCUGGGCGAUGUUUCAAAACAAACAACAGCAAUAAGUGAUAAAAUGAUAGAAAUGAAAACACAAAAAGCUAUCGUUGAAGAACUAUUAGAGGUAUACUCACAUGAAAGAAUCAUUGAUGUGUCUGAUGUGCCCAGUACAAGCAAUGAAUCGGAGGAAGAUAUUUUAAAACGAAAAUAUGAGGAGUUGCUUAAAGAGAACAAAAAACUGAAAGAGAAAUUAGAAGAAAAUGAACAAGAUUUGUAUACUACCAGAACGAGGAUUGUAGAACUAAAUAAAAGAAUCAAAGAAAAAGAUAUUGAUAGUGAAAAAAAUAUUUUGAAACGCUUGGGUCACAUGUUUAGUAAAAACGAAAUUGAAAUUAUUUUGAAAAAGAAAACGAGGGCAUGUUGGACGACGGAAGAAAUUUCAAAAGCUUUCACAAUAAGGUAUUUUAGUAGAAGGUGUUACCUUUAUCUAAGAAAUACCCUUAAAUACCCAUUACCUGGAAUAUCAACAUUACAGAAUUGGGCUGCACACAUUAAUCUUAGAUCUGGUCUCCUACAAGAUGUGUACUUCAGGUGA